AUGAAUUGCUAUGAGAUGACCUCGAGCACCAGGCAGGAAAUGUCACAGCAGCAGAUCCAAGCCCCGCUAGGUUCUGGUCAUUUGGCCGUAUUCCAAAGAUCUGGGCGAGCGUUGGAAACAGCCGGUGAUGCAUUUUCGCUGGAUAGUGGCCGUAAGCGAGCAAAACUCCAUAACUCCACCGAUGUAACUAGGCUUUCUGAUACAGUAGCGACUUUACUAAAUGCUCAAAACAUUACGAGUCGAAUAGAAAUAAAUUUCACCCAAAACACCGCUAAAUUGAGCAGUCCAAACCAGCCAUCCUUACCCAUCAAGCCGCAUACGUCUCUCACGGCAGCACCUUGCAACGUUGCAACGUACCCAAUUGUGUCAUCUGACCCGCAAAGCCAGAUGAUCUUCUUCGUUUCCCAACCUGAGCCGUAUACUCAAGAGUAUCAGUCUGCAUACGGGACGACAACUGUGGGACUAUAUCCAAAUCAGGAGUGA